AUGGGUCAUUUAUUUAUUUCUCUCUUUUAUUUAUGUUGUUGUUUCUUUAUAUUAUGCUUUGGGGAAUUUUUUAGGAGAAAUUCAAAGAGAAGAAAUAAUCAUGUGAAAGAACUAUCUGGAAACAUUAUUCCCAUGGAAACAGGCAUUUUACAAGAAAGCAAUCAAGAAAUCCUCACAGAUGGAGACCUUCUGGCUGAAGGUAUUUACGAUGAUACUGUUGUAUUGACAAAAGAAAAUUUCUUAUCUUAUGUUCAGCAAGUGAAAAUGAAAGCAGACCCAUUUUCAAAUGAGUUUUCAAGCCUUGACAAGCAUAGCCCUCAUCAAAAAGCUACUCACAAUGCAGCCAACGCCGCUGCAACUUCCAUUCGACAGUCCCAGGAGACCACGGCUGAGAAAACCACACGUAACACAGCAAAAGCUGUGGCAACGUCCAUUCAACAGUCCCAGGAAUCCAUGGCUGAGAAAACCGCACACCAUGCAGCCGAUGCCACUGCAACUUCUGCUGUAAGGGCAUCGGAAAGUUUCGCACAAAAGCGCACAAGGCAGCAAUGCAAUGCAAUUUCAACUUCCGCUGCUAGAGCUGUGGAAGGAUCUACUGAAAGGCUUCAAAGGUUGCAGACUGUUAACCAGCACCAGCAUGCACAGCAAGGGCUCUGUAGCCCACUAAAGCAGCAGAUGCCCACAUGGGCAUUAUUCCUGAGAACGAUACAGGCCAGGACAAUCAUCCUCGCAGGGAUAUCGCAAAAUGUGCAUACUACCUGCAACGUUCACAGGCAGUCCAUGAUACAUGCACGCAAGGACACAAGACGUGAUGACAUAUGUUCAAUGCACUUGAAUCAGUUUAUGUUGUUCAAUUCCAGUCCAAAAUUUGGGAUGGCAUCACCAAAAGUAGUAUUUUUUUCUACCCAAGACGAACUGACUACACCACAGCACUGUCGCGUCGAUCCUCUCUCUUCUGCAAGCGCCGAUAACGCCCUUUACUCAAGUACAGACAUCCAGGGAUCGACUGGACCUCGAACAUCGCUGUUCCAUUCGGCCUACCUCCAAGCUGUCGCCUUUGAAACCUGA